UCUCCCCUUCUUUCUGCAUUUGGCGCUUCAACAUCUAUCUAACUCAGAAUCUCCGAGUUAACUCACUCUUCUAAUGGAGAAUCUGAUACAGUUGGUGAACAAAAUCCAGAGAGCGUGCACUGCACUCGGUGAUCACGGCGAGGAAAGCGCCAUGCCUACUCUCUGGGACGCCCUUCCGUCCAUCGCCGUCGUCGGAGGACAGAGCUCAGGAAAAUCUUCAGUGUUAGAGAGUAUUGUCGGAAAGGACUUUCUACCACGUGGAUCUGGAAUUGUUACUCGGCGUCCUCUUGUUUUGCAACUUCACAAAAUUGAUGAAGGGAGAGAAUAUGCUGAAUUUAUGCACCUCCCAAGGAAGAAAUUUACUGAUUUUGCUGCUGUUAGGCAGGAGAUUGCUGACGAGACCGAUAGAGAAACAGGACGCAACAAGGGUAUUUCGUCUGUCCCCAUCCAUCUGAGUAUCUACUCCCCUCAUGUUGUGAAUCUGACGCUGGUUGAUCUUCCGGGACUUACAAAAGUCGCUGUUGAGGGUCAGCCAGAUAGCAUUGUGCAAGACAUUGAAAAUAUGGUUCGGAGUUUAUUGAAAAGAGUGAAUCUAACUAAACUUCCUCACGAUGUUAUUCAAAGUAAUUCUGAAACUGACCACCUGUUGCAGCCGAAUUGCAUCAUCUUGGCAAUAUCUCCUGCCAAUCAAGACCUUGCAACCUCAGAUGCAAUUAAGAUUUCCCGUGAAGUAGAUCCAAAAGGGGAAAGGACAUUCGGUGUUUUGACAAAGAUUGAUCUUAUGGACAAGGGUACUGAUGCGACGGAGGUAAGCACUCUCUUGACCCUCUCAAUACAGAAUUUGGCACGGUUUGCCUUAGGCAAAAUUUUUCCCUCUUGGCAUCCUUCACCAGGAAUUUGGCACGUAUUUUGUAGUUACAAAGAAUGUAACGUUGUCAAGUCAAAUAAGAAUGUAAAAUGA